CGUGGCCCAAGCUUUGAUCAGUUGACGACAGAAACAAGUAAACACAGGUUUUUGACCCAGCGACGUGACUUGACGCGGCACUGGCCUGAUCUGGUCGGGAGGACAGCCUGCAGUGUGUCGUUUGUGUAGAAUGUGUGGAGGUAGACAAGUCAAGAUCCUGGACCUAAAAAUACAGUUUACAGGUUGCUGUGAGGUUCUGUCGUUGAGGAAACAUUAGCUGAGAGAACAACUGGUACUAUAAGUUUUUAUUUGACACUUGAGAAAGAAGUGCAUCUGUGGGUGAGGACAUAUCCUUCCCGGCCAUAUCAUGGGAGAGUCAUGUUCCACAAGGCUGAGCCGCGUGCUGUUCCGGAUUGGCCAGAUUUUGAUUGCAAUGGGCUUUGUUUGUUAUGUCGUUGCCAUGGUGACUACCUACUGGGUAGAACGUCCGGCAAUUGACUAUGCUGCUCAGAAAAUAAAUCCUAAUGAGACGAUUGUGACCAGAAACUAUGGCAUCUUCCGGGCGUGUCGGCAAAGUGCGUCAAGGAGUUCUAACGGACGUACCCGGGGUAACUGUGGAAGCCUAUCGGCAAAUCUCAAUUUUAUCGCCGUGCUUGUUCUGAAGGGCAUGGUGAUCUUUGCCGGUGAGAUUCGAAGCAAGGCGGAGCGAGUGCCUGGCCAAGAGGACGAGCAGACGGGCUGGUCCUUCAUCGUAGCCAUGAUCGGCCUCGUCCAGUGUGUCUUCGGCGUGGUCCUCACCACCAUGUUCCGGGAAUUGCCCAUUCGUCACUCGGGGGAGAAAGGGGGCAGCUGGCUCCGGUCCUAGGGUUAGAGGCGUUGGUUUUACCAUGGGUGGAUUUAGACAACAGUGACGAAUCGCUACAUCAGAAUUACAAUGUUCUUUCUGACAUUUUUGGCUGUUUUGAGUUACUAUGACCAUAAGGUCAGGA